CGUCUACACUGGCUAUCAUAGCGUUCAAACAUUCAGACCUAACCCCAAUCUUACCGUCGCCCGCAAUUCAACUUUACAGUGAUUCGAGGUGACGGGACCAACUAUUUAUUCUACGCGGUAGCCCGGUUUCUGUGACUGGGAUAUUUUCUGCUCGAACCUCGUCAAAAUCCUGCCCCGGUUCGCGGGUGCGGAGGUAUCUAGCUCACGAAACUACGGCGUGCGCAGCUCAACACGCCCUUGAGCUCAUAUAGUAAUGACGCUCGUGGGGUGUUGGAUGUUCUCAAACGCGAGGCCGCGGUGCAAGUUGUCAGACUUGACAGGCCUCGGUUACUGCCAAAGAGUAACUUUCUGCGGUCUAGAAUGUCCAACUCCCGCCCGACAAGAACUCCCAUCUUGGCCUCCCACCGACAAAUGGAUAGCCACAAUUCCCUCAGCUCUCCGUCUACGAAUUCGUUGAUAAUGGGCGCUCACCUCUUCGUCCUCCAAAAACGGUUCCAUCGUUGAGCGCUGAGCAUUGAACGUUGACUAGUGAAUCUGAACGCGGUGCCGCUUUGAACGGCAGCGAGGCUCUCAACGAUGACUUGAAGCCAAUCUACUGGAAGCUAAUUGGAAGCCGCAAAUCACGAUAUGAUGUGUAGUCACUGGAGGCCUGUCAAACAAUCGUUCUCUAAGCGUGCCUUAAGUACUUACUCCGAGUUAAAAACUCAUAUUGCCAAACCGGCAUCAUGAGAUUCUUUCGGAGUGAAAUAAAACGAAAAUCCCGCCGGAUAUCGGAGGAAUAGAUCACAAUAGAUCUGUGAGCGAGCGAUAUAUAUAUAUAUAAAGGACAUGGCGUUUUGGGUCUCUUUCAAACCAUUUCAUUCAACUCAAUGUCUCGACAGCUUAACAACAUGAACCCCCAACACCCCAUAGGACCCUCUGCGCCAUAUCCUGAACACGACCUUCUUUUGCACACGAUUGACCAAUGUCCUGACAUGGAUAACUGGGAUCCUGGCCACGAACAGUAUGGCGAUCAUGUGGAUUAUGAAAAGCCUUGCAGAAAAGGGACGAGAGGUGCAUGGUCUUCCGAAGAAGAUCGACUAUUGAUCCAAGCCGUUCAAACAUAUGGUAGCAAGUGGUCUUUGGUAGCUGGUGUCGUUAAAACGAGAUCCAGUACACAAUGUGCUCGACGAUGGAGCGACACGUUAGAUCCAAGAAUUGAUAAAUCCCCUUGGACUCCAGAACAGGACCAAUUGCUGCUCCAAGCUGUGGCGAAACAUGGAAGAACAUGGGCUAAUAUCGCCAAGAUGUAUUUCCGGGGUCGUACUGGUCUGGCAUUAAAAAACAGAUACACAGUGAUAGGGAAACCCAAGACUGGCAGCAUGAGUCCGGUCGAUAUGACAUACGAACCAUCUAGGCGAAGUCCUGAAACACACUUCUCCGGCUCCCAUUACUCCACAAUGGAUAAUCAGUAUUCGUACCCUCAGUGGUCUGCGAGUAGUAGCCAGGCAAUGCAGAUGCCACAGCCGGGAUACUGGCCUCCUGGGGAUCCGUCAGUCGCUGGCUUCGGUGUCAUACAAACUCCACAACCCUAUCCGUACGACCCCAGUCAAGGACAGAAUAUACAAUACCCCCCUAGUAUGUAUCCUAGUGGCUAUUGAACUAUAGUUUAUCGCAUGAUACCCCAACGUCCCCUACAUCUGAUAUGUAUCCUACUAGUGACUGUUAAACUAUAUUUAUUUAUGAUACCCCUCAA